GCAGGACUUUGUUUGAUAUUACACUUCCGCUGACUGAAACACAAUUUUAUGCUUACAGACGCACGCAAAAAAAACUCGCUACAGGCUGAGCUGUGGUGACGAUCUGAACCAGUUUAGGUGAGAAUCUCAUCUACAUCUUUACUAAACUUCCUUGAGAUGAACAAAAAGCUGUACAUUGUUGAAGGAAUGUAAAAUGGUUUCCGUGUUUACAUAGCCUGAUGUAAACACGCGGGAGGUUGGGAGAACACGAGAUGAGCGUGGGAAACCACGACGCGAAGCGGAGUGAUUUCCAGUUUAUCGAGUGUUCUCCCAACCUCCCAAGUGUUUACAUCAGGCUAUGUAAACACGGAAACCAUUUUACAUUUCUUUUAUAAAAUAACUAAUGAAAGAGGAACGAAAACUGUGUUUACAUACGCUCAUGUAAAAUGGUUUUAUGGCCAAUCAGAGCGCGCGUACUAUUUGAAUUAUUUUGUAAAUGCAAUUCUUUAAGUCUGCAUCUGUGAUUUAGUUUAAUUAAUGAUUUAAAUUCUGUUGUAAAUUUUUGGGAAAGUUUAAGUGGAAAGCUUCGGGAAAUGAAAAUCUCUCAGCCUAUCAUCAUUUCUUAAAUAAAAGACAGUGGGCUACUUUUCCAAUGAAUUGUGAAUCUGCUGAUUUCUUUUUUCACACAUCAUAACUGUAAGUCUUAACGAUUGUGUUUUAACUGUGAGUGUUUUAACUGUGAUUUAGCAAAAUAUAUAUCAGUCAGAAUUAUACUUUUUCUUAUGAAUACUUCUCUUUUGAAAACCUCCAGAAUUUAUUAAAGACAAAAGAGUAACUAUAAUUUUUUUAAAUCCCUUUCAGAGCAAGUCUUGUCUUUUAAAGGAUUUACGAUGGUCCAAUCCAACAAGUGUCUUUUUAAAUGAUGGUCCAAGCUCGUAGUCUCGUAUUUUCAUGUAAACCGAUCACGUGAAACUUAAUUACAGUAAUUCAUACAAAAUGAUGAUACUAUGAAAGAUAUGGUACAAAGCAAAGAGAUUGAGAAAAAUACUAGCAUACAUAUUUUGGAAAUUUUGAAUUUUUUAGGAGAGAGAUUUACACACGAUAUUAGCCAAAAGGAAAUAUUUGCAAUUGCUUUACACUUGAAAACCAGACUGAAUUUCUAAUAUUGUUCUGUCCUUGAAAGAAAACAUCUUAUUAAUAAUUGGUAUGUAUAGAAUUGGCACCUUUUUAACCCUUUAAUUCUCAAGAUCUCAUUAUUAAUUCUCCUUACUAUCUGCCAUACAGUUCUCAUGAUGUUUGUUUGGAGAAUUUGUAUUGGAUCAUCUUAUAUUCCCUUAAUUUACAUUUUUCUUUAUUCUCAUCACUUUUCUGCUUGAUAUUGUAUUGAUAUUGUAAGGAGAAAUUCUGUCUUGGUCACUCAUGGGAGUUAAAGGGUUAAAGGCUGAUAGGGUUCCGUUUUUGAAUUUUUUGAGAAAUGCAUGUACAUUGUGUUCAUUAAGCUUGGAGUGAGUGGCUCUUUUUUUAUAUUGUUAAGUUUUUGAAUGAGUAGACCAAAAGAAACUAGAUCUUGAGUGAUAAUGAAUAAAUUAUUAAAAAAAAAACAAUUAGUCACAAAAAUUAAUUAACUUAUUGUAAAAAAAUCUUGUUUUACUUUUUCUGACUAAGUUUAUGCCUUAUACCAUCCUUUUUCAGCCAUGAAACUACAAGUGCAUCUCUCAAUACUUCUUGUCACCGUAAUCUCAUGUUUUUGGGUGGAUGGUGCAAAUGUGCCUUCCUGUGCCAGCAUGAGAUCAUGGUUUCCUGGGAAUAGUCCAUCAACCCUAGCUGAUAAUUUGCCAUAUCAGCUAAGUGUCAGUAGUUAUACUGGAGGAGUUUGCUACUCAGGAGGUUUACACACAAGUAAGUUGGUGGUCUAACAGAUUAGCUAAUCUAUAGCAUUUGAAUAGUAUUGGAAACGUGAAUUAUAUGUUAAUUGUAAAUAGUUAAAAAAUGAAUUUAGAUUCAAAUGAUUGAUAGCAUGAUUGUUUACUUAAAAAAAUGCUACUGCUGUGAAAAUAUCCACUUUAAUUAGGAUUAGGUACAGCUGAAAUCUCAGAAGGGAUAAUGCAAGGUUUUUAGGUGAAAUACAGAUGGCAGCUCUCAUUUAGUUCAGAAAUGUUAUAAUAAUAAUUAUUAUUAUCUCUGAAUCAGAUAUUUUUUUAAAAUGACUUAAAACAUUUAUCUUGCAGUUUACCUUAAUGGCUCCGCGGGUGGAGAUAAUAAAACAAGGAGUUUUGUUGGAUUUAUUGUUUAUGCUGAGAACUCUGUGAAAGAAUACCCUAAUGGACAAUUUGUUAAGAAUAAUUUAUCCUCAGGAGUUGAAGAAAAUAGCUGUGGAAAUCUCUCAGUAUGUAUAAAUCAUUAGCUGACUACUUCUCAAGAAUCUUGAAUUUAUUUAUCUGAUGUUAUGUUUAAACAUGCUGUUUAUGAUAUUCUUAUUUAUCAAUUAAUUAUUUUAAUUUUGCUACCUUAUACUCAAAGAUUAUUCAAAACUCUACAACAUCUGGAAACUGGACUAGUAUCAAAUUAGUAUGGGAGGCACCUAAAGAUGGCUAUUUAGCUGGAAACAUAACUUUCAGGUAAUAAAUGAUGUUCACUGAUUUAAAUGAUCCUUGUGGGUCAAAGGCACAUGAUUGCCUAUUGUUGAAACUUGAGACUGCGUCUAAUCAGAGCUUAAGCAUUGAUCAAUUUAAAGCUUCAAUACCCCUUUUGGAAAAUGUCUUUUUAAGCCAUUUGCUCAUAGAAGCAAAUGGCUCUAAAAGACAAUUUGGAAAGGCAAUUAUAUUUCCAGUUCAAAUUCCCCACCCCAUCCAUACAAGGUUCAAAUUUCCCACCCCUGGGCACAGACUAUAGUCAAAUGUCAUGCUGGUUACCUGUGGUAGGGAGUAUUGGAGCUUUGAUUGGGGCAUUACUUUCAAUUCCUGAAUGAAAUCAGGAGGGCUCCUGACAAAAUUAUAUUUUUCUGUGAUGAUUUUUUAUUGUGAAACUCAUGAAACUGUGAGCACCAAUUGAUUGGAUUCUGACAGAUCAAUUAUGUAUUGACAAAUCAGUAAUUUCAAGACAUGCCAGAGGAACCAUGAAAUCACAAACUCCGUAUCAAUGUUGCAGUUUGCAGUUGAAUUUUCUGAAGUCUGAUUAGCAUUUUCCCUGAAACAUAAUUACUCCCUAAAUAUUUCUGCUGGUGAAAGUUGUCUGAGUUUCAUAGUAAGUUAGUAUUAAUUAUGUGAAAAAGGAACUGUAUUUGUUAGGAAAGUGUCAGGUUUUUAAUAUGCAAUGCUGCUGUUAGUGAUUUAGCAAAAUAUAUAUCAGUCAGAAUUAUACUUUUUUAAUGAAUACUUCUCUUUUGAAAACCUCCAGAAUUUAUUAAAGAUAAAAGAGUAACUAUAAUUUUUUUGAAAUCCCUUUCAGAGCAAGUGUCUUGGAAAAGACAGAUCCUGUCACUUACUAUGAAGGAUUUACUGCACAUCUGAAGUGUGAGUUAAUAGGGUGUUUGUUGUAAUGUUACUUUCAUAAAUUAUUUUGAAUUUUUAUUUGAGAAAUGAAUUUAAAGUGUAAAUUGUCUCAAUCUAAAGUGAGUUGUUGCUUUCUGAUUAAUUUUCUUACUUAAUGUUCUAAUGUCAUUGAUGUUCUAGUUGUAAAACAUUUGAUCAGAAUUAUUUAUUAAAUAAUUCGUUAAUUUUAAAUCAGUAACCCUUUAACUCCUCUGAGUGACAAAGACAGAUUUCCCCUUACAAUAUCAAUACAAUAUCAAUCAGAUUAGUGUUGAGUUGAAAAAAAUUAUUGAUGAUCAUUUGAUCCAAUACCAAAUUCUCCAAACUAGCACAUAAGAACUGUACAGCAGACAGUAAGGAGAAUUGCUAAUGAGAUGUUGGGAGUGAAAGGGUUGAUUAAUUGUUUCUCCCAUAAAUGCAUGCCCAGUAUGCUUGCCCAGGUAUCUUCUUCAUAACUGACAAUUAUGGAUGCGAGACUUGUGGCUGUAAGUUGUGAGAUGAGUAAAGUGUAUUAAAUAACAUUAAAAGUUUUUUUAGUAGGUGAUACAGAUGCCAAUCUAUACUUAUUGGAACAACACUCAGUAUAUAAUUUUUAUGUGCUUACUAGCAAUACAUGGCAUGAGUUGUUACAAAGUUGCUCAGUCAGCAUAUGUGUUCAUUAAAAAGACAGAUGCAGGGUCAUUAAUUCUAAAAUAGAAAAGGGUUGAACUUGGAGAUAAUGAUCAGUCAUGUAUAUGUGGUAUGAUUGUCCAGGUGUCACACCAUAAAGCAAUGGACUGAAUUUUAGAUUGGUUUGCUGGCGUAAUAACCCAGAUGGGAUGUUAGGGGAACGUUAGGUUUACUGGUGCAAUAAAUGGAAGGCUUUUGACCAGUUGGAGGCUGGUAGUGUCUUAGUAUUUUUAUGGUCCUGUAUAUCAAAUGGUGGAGGUCUCCUGGUGUAAUGAUUUUUUUAAGGAAUCCUGUGGUGAAAUGUCUGAGAUUUCUCAAGGAGACAAAUAGGAGCUCUUCAUAACCUUCCUGAUGUAUUAAUGUUGCAGGCAAUUGUGAGUUUGUCUGUACUGAUAUAUAUGCUCCAGUGUGUGGAACUGAUGGUAAAACCUAUGGCAACAAGUGUGAAAUGGAGCGUCAUGCUUGUAAACAAAUUGGUCAAGAUGUAUCGAGUAAAAAACGUCUGCAAGUGGAUUACAAUGGUGAAUGUGGUUAGUAUAAAUAAACUUUCAAUUGUAUUAAUCAUCCAGUAGAGCAGUGGGCACCAAGGAAUAGGGAAUGUAAGGUAAGGGGAAGGGGGACUUGGGGUAAGGCAAAGAGGAAGGAGACUGGGGAGGUAAGACAAGGGGGAGGGAGACUGGGGGAGGUAAGGCAAGGGGGAGGGAGACUAGGGAGGUAAGGCAAGGGGGAGGGAGAUUGGGGGAGAUAAGGCAAGGAGAAGGGAGACUGGGGGAGGCAAGGCAAGGGGGAGGGAGACUGGGAGAGGUAAGGCAAGGGGGAGGGAGACUGGGGAGGUAAGGCAAGGGGAGGGAGACUGGGAGAGGUAAAGCAAGGGGGAUGGAGACUGGGGGAGGUAAGGCAAGGGGGAGGGGGACUGGGGAAGGUGUUAUGAAUGUGGAUGAAGCACUGAGGAAAAUAUGGAUAUGGGAAAGAUUGUACUGAAACUCAUGCACACCAGUGCCUGCAACCACCACUGCCUCUAACUUUGUCUCUGUCAAGAUUAGUGGAAUAGUAGCUGGAUUAUUCUUGUUUUGGUAUUGAUAAGGACCUUUUUUUAAAAUUUAUUUUUCUUUAGGUGGUGUAGAAACAGUGAGAUUCACAUGGUUUUCUCUGGUGUUUUCUCCUCUGGCAUUCCUAUUGUUUUGGAGUAUGGAGUAGAAAAAGAAUUAUUCUAUUCUUUGAGAGACGGUUGGAACUAUGAAGAAAUUUGGUGCAAAUAUCUUGUUAUACUGUAUGAUUAAAAUUUUCUGACAAUUGUUUGUUUUUUUUAUUACAUUUUGUUAGUUAUCACCUAAUUUUUUCGUGAGAAGCAAAAGCAGUGAUAGUGCCUUUCCACACUUUGACCAAGCUUUAAAACCUAGACCUUAUAGACCUUUUUUCAGAACCGUUUUCUCGUGAAUUAUUUAUCUUGAACACCUCCACAUUUAAAGAUAUAACACUUGUACUCCACUGGAAAGAAUUGACACUUGCGGUUCAAAUUCCCCAUCCCCAGUCAAGAAGGGUUCAAACUCCCCACCAGCCACGGAUGAACGAUGUCCAUGGAUUGCACAGGGGGAGGUGGAGGGGAUGUGGAAGCUUCGAACUGAUUGGCAUAUAAUUUUGACUUAGUUUAUUAGGAAAACUAGUAAGCCUCAUUAAUUUGGGCAUUUAGUUACCUAAUUAGCAAUUUAAUUAGUUAUUAAAUGUGAUUAGCUUGAGAUAUACUACUAACUCUAUUCUACUCUGUGUACUUGAGAU